ACUGACUACCCUGUGUGUGACCUUAUGCCUGUGUAUGGAUUACAGUUUUGGAUUACCAUAAUAAACUGCUUUUGGAUCCCCAAUCUUCGUGUCCUUGUGCAGAUCGAUACAUUGAUACUGAAUCAUGACAACAUUUCUGUCCAAAACUUGCAUGUAUCAGGAAGUCUUGAGGCUUUAACACAGUCUGUGUGUUUAACUGUCUGUCAUUAUUCGGUCAGUAUGGAGCUCAAUCAACUUCCUCUUGUGUUCUUGCUGAUUUCAAUCAUCCACUCUGGACAAACUGAAGAAAAACCAAAACUCAAAGUGACCAUUAAACCUGCUCAACAUGUGUUCAGAGGAGAGAACGUCACUCUCAGAUGUGACAUAUAUGCUGAAGGAGUCACUAGCUGGAGCUACUUCUGGUAUAAAGAAGGUUUAAGCAGAGUUUUCAGUUAUGGACAGGAACACACAUUCAGUUCUGUCACUGAGUCUGACGCAGGUAAAUACUCCUGUGAUGGAUCUAAUGGAUCACGCAUGUCUCACCGCAGUGAUGCAGUUACACUGACAGUAUCAGGUUUUCCUAAAAUAACUCUGACUGUUGAUCUAAAGCGUUCAGUGUUCACUGGAGACUCAGUUACUCUGAGAUGUGAGGGGAUUCAGUCACAGAAUGGAUGGGAGUUUCUCUGGAAAAAAGACUCAAACCCUGAAUCUACUGGAGCUGCAACUAAAACAAUCAAACGUGUGACAGUCUCUGAUGGAGGAGAGUACAGCUGCAGAGCACGAAGAGGAGGAUAUUACACAUAUUACACAAAUUACAGUAAACCAGCAGCAGUAACAAUAUACGAAGAGAGACAGUCACUCUCAGAUGUGACAUAUAUUCUGAAGGAGUCACUAGCUGGCGCUACAGAUGGUAUAAAGAAGGUUCAACCAGUGUUUUCAGUGAUGGACAGAAACACACAUUCAGUUCUGUUACUGAGUCUGACGCAGGUAAAUACUCCUGUGAAGGAUCAGAGACAGAAGGAUCACGCUGGUCACAAACGAGUGAUAAAGUUACACUGA